ACCAGCCUCAACGCCAGUGGUACAGAUCCAGAUGCCAUGUUUGUCUUGUCACAAAUUGCCUGCGCAGGAUCCAUACAACAUGGUCGAAGCUAGUCAGAAUGGCUCCACGCCCGGAAGCACCAUGCCUGAUGCUGUCUACGGCUUCAUCGGUCUUGGGAACAUGGGCUUUGGAAUGGCCAAGAAUCUGAGAGCGUCCAUGCCCAAGCAGUGCAAGUUGGUGGUAUGCGAGCUCAACACCGAGCGAAGAGACGAAUUCGCCUCGUCGGUCGUUGGACUGAUAGAAGUGGCAGACAGCCCCAAGAGCGUUGCAGAGCAAUGUGACAUAGUCCUGACCAGCUUACCAAACGGAAACGCAGUCAAAAAGGUGUUCACAGAUCCAUUCAAUGGCCUGCUGUCGGCAUCUUCAAGCGGGCGCAAAAAGUUCUUCCUCGAGACAUCUACUAUCGAGGUCAGAACGUCGAACGAAGUCUUGAAGGAGGUCGAAACGUCCGGCCUUGGGGAUUUCAUCGACUGCCCAGUGUCCGGUGGCAUUCCGGGAGCCGAACAAGGAAAUCUGACAUUCAUGGUUGGCGGGAACAAGGACUUAUUUGAAAGGGCGAAGCCGAUUCUGGCGACCAUGGGGAAAGAGAAGAACCUCAUCUUCUGUGGACCGCCUGGAGCUGGUCUCGCUACCAAACAAAUCAAUAACUACGUGGCCAAUGUAUCUUACGUUGCGCUCUGCGAAGGCAUGAAUACCGGCAUACGAUAUGGGCUGGACCCCAAAGUCCUUGCAGGCAAGUCCGGAAUGAGCUGGAACUCGCUCCAUAUGAACCCAGUGAAAGGGGUACAACCAGGAUCAUCAGCGUCGAAAGACUUUAAAGGCGGCUUUCGGACCGAACUGGCAAAAGGCGUGACAGACAUGGCAGUGCAACUCAUGGACGACGUUGGCGCGAAGCACGUCAUGGCAGAUGUCGUCAAGGACAUCUACGCAAGGGCGGUCAACCAUCCUAAAUGCGCAGGACAAGAGUGUCGGAGCAUAUACAAGCUGUUCUCGGAGAAUGAUGGCCAGGAUCUGGGGACGACUAGCAUAGAGUGA